AUGUAUUCUAGUACUACACUUAAAUUCUUAUCACUGAUCAUCUAUGCUUUUGCCAUUGUGAAAAUAACAAAUGCUAGUGACCCAGAUAUUCUAUCUGACUUCAUAGUCCCUCCUAAUAUAACCACAAUUGAUGGGAACUUCUUCACCUUUACUGGUUUCCGUGAACUUUAUGCACAAAACACACCACCCUCAACUUUCAAGGUAUUGAAGGCAAGCAAAGCAGAAUUUCCAGCUCUUGAUGGACAAAGUGUCUCAUAUGCUGUUCUUCAAUUCCCAGCUGGGAGCAUCAACCCUCCACAUACACAUCCUCGUUCUGCUGAGCUACUUUUUGCUGCUCAUGGUUCUCUUCAAGUGGGGUUUGUGGACACAAGCAAUAAGCUCUUCACUCAGACACUAAAACCUGGGGACUUGUUUGUGUUUCCUAAGGGACUUGUGCACUUUCAAUACAAUGCUGAUACUCAGAAGCCUGCUCUGGCUGUAUCUGCCUUUGGUAGUGCCAAUGCUGGGACUGUAUCAAUUCCUAGUACACUGUUUAACACCACCAUUGAUGACAAUGUCUUGGCUUUGGCCUUCAAGACUGAUGUUGCAACUAUUCAAGCUUUGAAGAAAGGCUUUGCUUCCUGA